UAGUCAGAGAGGAGGUCUCUUCCUGUGUGAGGCCGCUCUGCUCUCUCUCCUCUCACAGAUAUGGACUGAAGGAAAGCUGCCCCGAACAUUUGAGCCACAUCGGAGCUGCAUUUUUUGGAACUCGGGAGAAAAAAAGAAAAAGAAAAAGAAGAUGAGCGACCGCGACAGCAGCACCUCGGCCUCUCACACAGAGGGAGAAGUUGAGGGCGAGAUGGACGAAGAGAUGGACACGGAGUUGGACGGCGAAGGAGACAAAGAUGAAGCUCAGAGGGAAAGCGCCGUCCCCGGUCUGUCCAGCUUCUCCUCGUCUCUGCGGGCCGUCGUACGCAUCAAACAGAAGUACCAGGCCAUGAAGAAGAGGCGUCAAGAGAUGGCCCUGCUGGCUCUCGGAGCAGACGGGAACCCCGAUGGAGCGCCGUCGAAAACCAGCCCCAAAAUCUUCACCUUCGACGGACUCACGCCGUUCUCCUCCACCUCAUCCGUCCCUCAGAAGAAGAAGAGGAGGCGGAGGAGAGGAGUGUUGUUUCCCAACAGUGGUGGGCGGCGAGCUCCUCCGAAGCAGGAGCAGAGCCGAGCCAAGUACUGCCUCUACCUGCUCUUCGCCAUCGUCUUCGUCCAGGUGUACAACGCCAUCGAGAACCUAGAUGACCACGUUCUCAAGUAUGACCUGGAGGGGCUGGAGAAGACGCUGAGGAGGGAGGUGUUCGGGCAGCAGGGCGCCGUGGACGGUCUGCUGUCCCACCUGAAGGACUACCUGUCCACCUACGUCCACAACAAGCCCCUGGUGGUGUCGCUGCACGGCCCCAGCGGUGUAGGCAAGAGCCACCUGGGACGCCUCCUGGCGGGACACUUCCGCUCCGUGGUCGGGGAGACGCUGGUGCUGCAGUACUACGUCCUCCACCACUGCCCCCAGGAGGCCGACGCCCUGCGGUGCGCCCGCGACCUCGCCAUGCUCAUCUCGGAGACGGUGGAGCGGGCGGAGGAGGAGGAGAAGAUCCCUCUCUUCAUCUUCGACGAGGCCGAGCACAUGCACGACGAGAUCCUGGACGCGCUGCUGCAGCUCGUGGCCACCAAGCAAUCCAACGAGUACCUGAACGCCGUCUACCUGUUCCUGAGCAACCUGGGUCACGCCCACAUCACCAAACACAUGCUGCACAACUCCUCCAGUAUUUCCAUGACGAUGACGUCAUCCGGUCGCCAAAGUAACCUGGUAAAGGAGCUGACGCCGAUACUACGCAACACUCUGGAGAAGCUUCACCCGCUGUGGUCGGAGGCGGACAUCUUACCGUUGGCCCUUCUGGAGAAAAGUCACGUGAUGGAGUGCUUCCUGGAGGAAAUGACUCGAGAGGGGUUCUACCCGGAUCAUACCAACAUAGAGCGCCUCGCGGGGGAGAUCGAAUAUCACCCCGAGGUCGGGGGUCACGAAUACUCCCAGACGGGCUGCAAGCAAGUGGUGGCCAAGGUCAACCUGCUGUGAGACUCUCUGCAGGAACAUUUUAUGGAAAUGGUUGACAUUCUUUAAAGCAUGAAGAAAUGGUGCAUGAGAAGUGAGUCGAGGUUAUGAAACUUGAAUGACACAACUCUGAGCCUCAGCUUUUGAAGAGUAGUUUUGAAAGGAUGAAAAAAAAGGAUGCAAGAGACAUUCGGAUGUCGUGGUCAAUGUGGCGUGACUCCUGUGAAGAGGUUUGAAAACGCCCACAAACUUAAAGGGAGUUCUAUUGUCUAUUCCUGCAGAGAGUUUAGGUUCUCAUUUUACCAUUUUUUUUUUUUUUUGCCUCCACGUAAAGACCACAGUGGGAAGUUGGAUUUAGUUUGCUUACAACUUAAUAUCAACAAUAUGGGCGUUUUUUCAACCGAAAAUAACAUCUGAAGUGAAAACUGUUGACACUGAGGUCUGUCGAUCAUCUUGGAAUGGAAACGUUGUUGGUCGAUCAGAUGGAUCGUGACUGAAAUAUAAAUAUCUGCAACUAUUGGAUGGAUUGGAUGGAAUGUUCGUACAGACAUUCAUGUUCCCCGGGGGAUGAAUCUUGAUGACUUUGGUGAUCAUCUGACUUUUUUUUGUGGUUUUGAGUGAAAUAUUUCAGCAAACAAUUGGAUGAGUUACCAGAAAUAGCAUACAAACAUUCAAGGUCCUCAGAGGAUGAAUCAUUUUGAUAUAAUUGAUACCCUGACCUUUCAUUUAGUCCGACAAGCAAGUUAACAUAUUUUGUUUUUGAGUGAAUAAUAUCAUCAACUUUUGCAUGGAUUGGCAUGAAAGUUUGUACGCACAUUCAUGUUCCCCAGAGGAUGAAUCAUAGUGACUUUGGUGAUCAUCUGAUUUAUAAUCUUGCUCCAUCGAGAGGUUAAUAUAAGUGAUUUUGAGUGAAAUAUCUUUCAAUUGGAUGUAUUGCCAUGAAAUUUGGCACGAAUAUUCAAGGUCCUCAGAGGAUGAAUCCUUUUGAUUUCAUCGAUCCCCUGACCUUUCAUUUAGUCUUACAAGCAAGUUAACAUAUUUUUUUUGGAGUGAAUCUCAGCAACUAUUGGAUUGCUUCUCACAACAUUUGUUUCAGACAUUCAUGUUCCCCUGUGGAUGAAUUCCAAUAACUUUGUAGAACUGACCCUUUAAUCCCUUUGCAUUUAUCACAACUACUACAUAUUAGACAGCUCAGCAAGGCACAGUAGGAGAUGAGUAAGUCCAAUAUUCAUUCAUGUUAGAAGGGAAAGUUUAAAUAUUUUUAAUGCUUCAUUUACACACAUUUCUGGAAAAUUGUGGGGUUUUUAAAUGUCAAAUGUGAUUCAGACUUUUAUUAAUGCAAGUCAACAGAGUAAGUAAGUUUAUUUAUUAAAUAGUUCUUCAUGGAUCUACGCAUUAUAGUACAUUAUAUUUCAUUGACCUGAUGACAUUUGAUGAGUCAUGUAAAUGUUAAUGUCCUGUUUUCAGGUAUUAUACGGUCAAAAUAUUUCUAAUAUGAACUUUAAUGUGAAGUGAGUGCCUUGAAAUAAAAGACACCAA